AGCAGACGACCCGAUAGAACAAUUGCAGGCCAUGCCUUACGCUCCCGCAAAUUCAUACGAAGGAGAUCUCAAGAUCUGGAGUGGAUCGGAGAUCGAAGAGUACUUUGCCCCGGAUCUGUCCAUUGGGGAGAUUAUCUUCCAUGAGAUGCGGAGGCAUCCAAAGCUGAUUGCCCAAAUAUCCACCACAGAGGAGACAAUCCUCAUCCGAGAGGAGCUCCACUCGAAUGCGAUGCGCGUGGCCUCGUAUAUGCGAUCGAAGGGUCUCCUCCAGUCGGACAUCGUGGGGAUUAUAGCCAGGAAUACCAGCCAUAUCCCUGCCGUCGCGUAUGGCUGCUUCUUCAACGGCAUCGCCUUCCACUCGCUGAACAUCGCCUACGAUCGGGGCACCAUCGAGAAGCUCUUUUCCAUCACACACCCACGGAUGAUCUUCUGCGACGGAGACGAGUACGAGAAAGUGAGAGAUGCCACACGGGGUAUGGAGGAUGUGGAGAUCGUUACGAUGCGGAACCAUCCGGAGGGUGGAUCGACACCCAUCGAGCAGAUACUCUCAUCCCCCAUCGAGGAGAACUUUCGGCCCGUGCGACUGGAGCAGGGCAUCGAUCAGACCCUGGCGAUACUCUGCUCCUCAGGCACCACGGGCAUCCCCAAGGCGGUGACCAUCACGAACAGUCGCCAGAUUCUUAUGGGGAGCUACUCCCUCACCACCUCGGAUAUCCAGUAUUGCCACAACACCCUCGAUUGGAUCACUGGCCUCUUGACAACAAUAACAUCUGGAAUUUUCAGCACUACGAGGAUUAUCGCAGACAAUGUCUUCGAUCCUGUCCACAUGAUGCGGCUCAUAGAGGAGUACAAGAUUACCUGGCUCAUACAGGGACCCUCACAGAUGGCGCAAAUGGCAAAUUGUCCUGAGUUUGAAGGCGCCGACUUGCCGAGCAUCCGUCAAUUCGUUUUUGGAGGUGGACGCUCUUCGGUGGAGACCCAGAAACAGAUCAGAAGUCGCUUGAGCAGCGACUGUCUGAACUUCAUGUAUGGAUUCACGGAACUGGGAGCCAUGGGUACCAUUAACUAUCACUUUGACAAGAAGCCCAACUCGGUGGGAAGAGUGGUCCCAGGCUUGAAGGCAAAGAUCAUCAGCGAGGAGGGCAAAUCCCUGGGUCCCAAUGAGCUUGGAGAGGUAUGCAUCCGUAAUGGCCAGUAUUGGGCAGGAUACUAUGGAAACCCACAGGAGACUCGUAAAAUGCGUGACCCUCAGAUGUGGUUCCACACGGGGGAUCUAGGAUACUUUGAUCAGGAUGGCUUCCUGUACAUUGUGGAGCGGAAAAAGGACAUGCUGAAGUACCAGAACAUCAUGUACUAUCCGAAUGACAUCGAAACGAUCAUCUCCGAAAUGCCAGACGUCGCCGAGGUCUGUGUCUUUGGCGUCUGGGAUCAGGUGUACGGGGACAAGGCUGCUGCCGCUGUGGUGAAGAAACAAGGAACUGAACUCAACGCUCAGGACGUUGAGGACUAUGUGAAGGAGCGCACGGAUUCCAAGUACAAGCAUUUGCACGAAGGUGCCAUCAUUGUGGAGGAUCUCAUACGGAGUCCCAAUGGCAAAACGAAUCGAAAGGCCACCAAAGACUACUUUUUGGAGGUCAAAGAGAGACAGUAGAAGGGGAGAUCUUUUCUUUUUGAAUAAAAUCUGAUAUUUGAUAGAAAAAA